ACACAGUAGCCAUCUGUAACCUUUCUCUCAUAGCUUGCUGCCUAAAGGUGUUUUCUCGACAUUAGGAAGAAAUGAAUCCUCUCCUUGGAAAAGCAUUCCUGCGUCUUGGAGUUUUUUGCGCCUACUUCUUGUUUGUUGCGUGGAUUUUCACCAUAAUCGAAGGAAAAGAUGAAUCAGCUCACGAAAGAAUGGCAAGGAUGUUAAAGGACCUGAGAACGGAGAUAACGUUUAAAUAUAACAUGACAGAUAAUGAUUUCGAAAGUUUCAUAGUGAGAGCAGGAGCGGCAUUGUCGGAAGGUGACAAACUGGAUUGGACGCUUUCAAACAGUGGCUCAUUUGUUUUCGCUGCGCUCACCACAGUAGGAUAUGGACAUAUCACACCCCAAACGCCUCUUGGCCAAGGCAUCACCAUCAUCUUCUGUUUGUUCGGUAUUCCUAUAACAAUGCUGGCCUUGAAGACAACGGGGGAGCUCUUGGCCACUUCUAUCGAGUAUCUUGUUCUCAAAACAGAAACUGUUAUCCUUAAAAGAACUGAGCCGAAGCACGUAAAAAAGAAAACGUUUUUCGUGGCGUCUACGUUAAUGCUUGUCCUACUCAUCUCGACAGGCACCUCGGCUGUUUACCUUGAAAACUGGACCUUCAUUGAAGGCCUGUACACGUGGUUCACUGGUUUUACAACGAUCGGUUUUGGUGACUUUGUACCAUUUCUUUCUUUUGUAAGAGACGCUGAGCAAGGGAAAGCAUCUAAAGGUGAAUUGUUAAUCCACAUCCUUCUCUUCUUUGUUCCUUACAUGGCUGGCUUGAGUCUGACCUCGUGCCUUUUGAGCUGCGCUGUCGAAUCCAUAGACGAAAUACGUGAUUUUCGUGAUCGCUACAUGAGCUGUUGGCCACGUUUGAUUUCGCUCAAAACAAAAUUGUUCGCUCACAGAUGCAGAAGUUUUAAUGUUACAGAAGAGCAAAAUAAUGAAAUAACCUGAACAAUGAGCUGCCUGUCAUAUUUGUUAGCAAGCCUGUUAGACAUCUUUAACAGGAAAGUAGAAGUCUAACAGUUAUCCGUAAGAGUUGCAUGAAAAAAAAAAAAAACUCAGAACUGCAGUCUUAAAACACUUACGCAGUGAAAUAGCCAUUCUCUCGUAUCAAGGACACAUUAAAUCUACAGUUAAAUGAGUGAAAGUAUUAUUUGGUGUGUAUAUCACGAAAGUGGUUGGGGACAGAAUAUAUUGAACUACACCUGAUUGAAAAAACGUUAUCGGAUGAAAAGUAUAAACAAUAAAUGAUACGACUUCAUGGAAUAAUGGGAAGACUGAAGAAUCUCGCGCAUAAUCGUGAAUAUUCAAAAUUGUUUCCUCUGGACAUUAAAAUGAUCACAGUGAUUUAGAAAAACAUGGAAACUGCCCACGCUUUGCUAAAGGUAGCUAAGUUAGAAAGCAAAGGAAAAUUCACAUUUACAGAAAAUGCGAGCAAUCCUGCUGUUUCUUCAAAAUCAUAACCAAGGUAGCAAUAAUGACAUACAGCCCGCGGCAGGCUAAUCUCGCAAACCGCCUUAAGGCUUGUACACGGCCCGUAAGAAUGCAAAUUAGUAUUAGUUUGCAAGUUUCCCAGGAAACUAUGGUUUAUAAUUUUUUCUCGACACGGUUUUUUCAACUAGGUGUAUAUAAUCAGUCAUUUCGUCUAAUUCCGUGGACGAAUUAGAAGUGAGAUAAAGGCAAAAACAAAAACUACUGAGAAAACUGGUGUAUUUAUUAAUAAUGUAUUUAUCAGGAAUUCAAAAGAAAUAUAUUUGAGCUGAAUCUCGCAAGACCUGUCCUUCUCUGCUUUUAAGUUCCAAUUUAUGUAAAUAAUGAGACGAUCAAUAAGAAGACGGGAACUGUAGCUAUAGUGAUAAAAAAUAGAAAUAAGAAAUAACAGAAGAAAGAAAUAGAAAUAACAGUGGCACCAACGAAACCUGUAAAACAUGAAUGAAGAUCAGGGUUCCUUUUUAUAAGGGUUUAGUGUAUCUUUUUUUAAAAGAAGCUUAUAGGAAAUUAUUUUAAAUAGGAUGAACAUGGACAAGGAGUUUAUAGUAAUUCUGUUUAAUUGGGUUUUUUUUGUUGUUUUUUCUGUCGCCAUAUAUUAGCAAGAGGCAGGUUACUAACUCCAGAAUGUCGCUUUUACAUUAGAACUAGAAUCGAGCUUCCUAAGGUCAUUGUAAUAAGUCCUUGGCAGGAAACCAAAAGUAAUAAAAGGUUUUGCAACAGGCUCUUUGUUAACCUGUAAUGGAGUACAGUAGCAUCUAAUCCCUUUUAGUAGAAUUCCAUUAGUACACUAAUACAAAUGCUGCAAUCUGAUUGGCUAAGCCAUUACACACUAUCACCAUUAUAGUUCACCACUAAAUUUUCUCCGAUCCUAAUGGGUUAAAACUGAUCACAUGACGCGAUAUUGUUCGUCCGCGGAGAGACACUUUCAGCCCAUAGUGCCCGUCCGAGGAAAAUACCCGG